CUGCAGAGUGGAACUUACCGUAUGGUGUCCGAGGAGGAGCAGGCUCUCAGGGCCAAGCUCGAGCGCCUCACCGUCAAGGACCAUGGGGCGGUGUUUGGACCCUGUGCCAGCCUCCCAGACCACACCAAGCAGAAGGCCAAGGAUGAGCUGAACGAGACAGAUGAGAAGCGGGUGUCUGCUGUGAAGGAGCUGCGAGGAAUCAUUAAGGAGAAGGCAGAUGCAGGAGAUGAACUGGCCAAGGGGGUGCAGGACACCUUCGGGGAGAAACCAGACGGUAUGCUGGUCCGCUUCAUCCGCGCCAGGAAGUACGACGUGCCCCGAGCCUUCGAGCUUAUGAAGGGCUACGUGCGUUUCAGGAAGGAUUACCCCGAGCUGUUCGAGAAUCUGACCCCGGAGGCCGUACGCAGCACCAUUGAGGCCGGCUACCCUGGCAUCCUGCAGAGCCGAGACAAAUACGGCCGCGUGGUUCUUCUCUUCAACAUCGAGAACUGGGACUACGAGGAGAUCACCUUCGAUGAGAUCCUGCGUGCCUACUGUGUGAUCCUGGAGAAGCUGCUGGAGAACGAGGAGACUCAGAUCAACGGGUUCUGCAUCAUUGAGAACUUCAAAGGCUUCACCAUGCAGCAGGCGUCAGGAAUCAAACCCACCGAGCUCAAGAAGAUGGUGGACAUGUUACAGGAUUCGUUCCCUGCUCGCUUCAAAGCUGUGCACUUCAUCCACCAGCCCUGGUACUUCACCACCACCUACAAUGUGGUCAAACCACUCAUGAAGGGCAAACUGCUAGAGAGAGUGUUCGUCCACGGAGACGAGCUGGACAACUACUACAAGGAGUUUGACGCCGACAUCCUUCCCGCUGAGUUUGACGGAAAAGCUCCCAAGUACGACGGCAAGGCCAUAGCAGCCAAGCUGUUCGACUAA